UGAUUAAGACUUCAAACUGAAACCAAUAUCAUAUCUCCUUUUUCGUCCUUAUUUUAACCAAUGAAUUUGCCUCAGAUUCCUUCACAAUUCGAAUUCAUUCCACGAAUCAACAAUGUCUCAGACUGUUGUUCUCAAAGUUGGUAUGUCAUGUGGAGGUUGUGCUGGUGCUGUGAAGAGGGUUCUUAUUAACAUGGAAGGGGUGGAAACUUUUGACAUUGAUCUUGAGCAAAAAAAGGUGACAGUUAAAGGAAACAUCGAGCCAGAUGCAGUUUUUCAGACCGUUUCCAAGACUGGGAAGAAGACCGAAUUUUGGCCAACGGAAGCAUCACCAUGUUGUUGUGGACCCAAAAAGCCAAUCGAACCUGUGGAUGCACCAACUAGUGAAGCCGAGCAUGUGGCUGCACCAUCUUGUGAAGUUAUAAAACCAGUGGAACUAGUGGCUGCAGCAUCUGCUGAGGCCGAGAAGCCGGUAGAACCUGUUGCUGCACCAUCUACUGAAGCUGGAAAGCAAGUUGAAUGUGUUGUUUGAUUUUUAUGUAAGGGUUUGAAGUUAAUGUUAAUAUGUAAAGUGGUUGUGGGGGUUGUUUGUGUAAGUUUGAACUUAUGUGAUUGUAAAAUUCAGCCAUUGGAAUAAAUGUUGGCUCUCAAAUAAAUACAGAACAAUAUAUGCAUUUUGAUAUUA